ACUUCUUACCCUUUACUUCUAGCUCUGCUGGUUGAUUGAGCCGGAAGGGUGGAUCAAAGAACGACAACACUUGUCCUUGUUCGUGUUUUCAAAAUCCAGUAGGUUCCGCAAGGUUUGUAGCAGAUUGGCCAACGAUAAAAGAUUCGACUAUGCCGUUUUGUUCUUCAUCGCCCUUAAUUGCAUCACUCUGGCUAUGGAGAGACCAAACAUUCCUCCCGACAGUACAGAAAGAACCAUUCUCACUGCUGCCAACUACGUUUUCACCGCCGUGUUUGCCCUCGAGAUGUUUGUCAAGGUGGUAGCCAAAGGACUCUGGUAUGGUAAACACGCCUACUUUAAGAAUGGUUGGAACAUUAUGGAUGGAUCCCUGGUGUUUGUUUCAAUGGUGGAUUUCAUGUUAUCCUUCAUUGCAUUUGGAAGUCCACGUAUUUUUGCCAUCCUUCGGGUUUUCCGGUUACUUCGUUCUCUCCGACCUCUCAGGGUUAUAAACAGAGCACCAGGGCUGAAGCUGGUAGUUCAAACUCUUCUAUCGUCGCUACGUCCCAUUGGAAACAUCGUUCUAAUUUGUUGUACCUUCUUUAUUAUUUUCGGUAUUUUGGGUGUUCAGCUGUUUAAGGGUAAGCUUUUCUACUGUGAUGGACCUGAUGUCGAGAGUGUGAAGAACAAGACGGACUGUUUGGCUGAUCCAAGGAAUCAGUGGAUUAAUAGGAAAUACAAUUUUGACAAUCUUGGACAGGCUCUAAUGUCUCUCUUCGUAGUAGCUUCCAAAGAUGGUUGGGUUGAAAUCAUGUAUACUGGUCUAGAUGCAGUAGAUGUAGACCAACAGGUAAGUUGAUAAAAUCAUGUAUACUGGUCUAGAUGCAGUAGAUGUAG